CUGGGAUUCGGGAAGUUUCGGAGGCAGCACCAGGACCCUGGACCAAUGCCUGAGUGCGGACAGGCUGGCCCCCUUCCAGAGGCGAUCCGAUCGACCACCUCUAGAGUCUACAGCUCAGGUCCUCUGGCCCCACCAGACUAUCAUGGACCCAUCGUUCCAGUGGGGCGUACGGUACGUUGGUACGGAGGCGACGUGUACCACAGCUAAGCAACCGCAUCAGUUUUGCUGCAUGGACAGGGCAGCUGGCACGACGAGAGGCUUGCGACUUGCGAUCCUGCUCAAGGACCAACUUCACACCGUCGACAUGCAAGCUGCCAGAAGCUUGUUCUGUCAAAGCACUGCGGCAGGGACGACGCUGCAUUGCUCGCAAGCUACCUAGAUUGCCUGUUGAUCAGGGCCUUCUGAAGUCCCUUGGAAACUACCAUCACUUUCUCUCGCAUUGGCUCUCCCUGCAUUUUGGUCGUUUAACAGAAGCUGGGCACCAUUGGACGGAUCGGGCAGUGGUAAAGGCAAGAGGAAACUUUAGAGACUCUUUGAUAGUGAGAGUAGUCAUAGUUUUACUUAUUGUCAUCUGCAAAUCUUGUUAGAUCACACUUUUUUGCUUAAAAGCAAUGCCAGGGGCCAAUUUGCAAAUGAAUGGAGCAUUGUCAGUGGAGAGAGCGGGUCCUGCUUGGCUGACUGGGGCGCUGGAUGCUCCCUUCUUUACGCCCUGCCCGGAGCACUCCACUGGGGGCUUUUCCCACAAGACAGACAGGAAUUUCUACUGCUUGGACUGCCAUGAGGAUGCGCUAUGCACAUUCUGCGUGGAUUCCUCCCACAGAGGCCAUGACAUCCUGCAGAUCAGGCGUGCCAGCCACAACAAUGCGGUCAGGGUGAAUGAGAUCCACCAGGUCAACACAGAGGGUGUACAGCAGUACACAAUCAAUGGCAGCAAGAUUCUCUUCCUCAAGGGGAGAAGGCCUCCGCAGCCGUGGAGAGGCGGUUAUCACUUCUGUGAGAUGUGUGGGCGCAGCCUGCUCGACGCCAUGCGCUUCUGCUCCUUGGCAUGCAAGGUGGCUGCUGUCCAGGAUUCUGCGGAUCCCCACCUCAGCAUGCAGCCUGGCAUUAGCAGCAAGGGCCCCACGGAGGUGCGCCACAGCGCGUCCAAGCGUGAUCACAAGAAGCUGAAGCGGGAGGAGCGGUUGAAGCAUUCCAAGCGACAGUUCCAGCUGCAGAGGGAAGCUGCUGCGGCGGCGUCUAAGCAGGAGGCCUCAUGGAAGUCGUGGAGGGAGGCAGUGGUGGGGGACGGGGAGGAGAGGCUGCGGGACAUGAUCAGGGAGGUGUUGGACGCUGUGGGCUACAAUGAGCGGGGACCUGGGAAGAGGGCAGCCGAUGAGGAGGUGGAUGUGAGGGCUGUUCCGAAGAAGCGCAAGCGGUCACAUUUGGGCCAGACCCUGCAGGAGGAGGGGCAGAGAGUGUGGGAGGGGGCAGAGAAGAGGGAGCAGAGUGCCAGCUCCUCUGUUGGGAAGGAGCAUGCGGGCAAGGCUGGGGAGGAGCAUGGCAGCAGCACAAGGUUUGGACUGCCUUCCUCCUCAGGCCACAGCGACACGCGGUCUGAUGAGGAGGCAACUAGUGUGAAACAAGGAGGGGAGUGGGAAUCUGGCAGAGAUGAGGGGGAGUCGGCACCAUCGGGUAGUGGCACACAUAUGGCAGAUUCUGGCCUGGCGCUGUCAGGCAGUGGCAUGCAUGAGGCAGAGGAAGUGUCACGAAAGCCAGAGAAGCCCAACGGUUUUGGAUUCAAGAAGUUCCAGUCCCAUGCGGAGGGGGGGAACUCAUCUGACAAUGAGCAUUCAUGCUUGUCGGAGCCUCAUUCGCCCGUCUCCGUGUUGAGGCAGAGGUCAGGAAACUUCGGGCAGAGGAUCGCAGCGCUUCCCCCAGCUGUUGCAUUCUAGAAAGUCAAUUAUCGCAAUACGGAGUCAGUCAUGGGAAUUAGUUGAUCCCUCAGAAAAGUAUUAGGAAUCAUUUGAUUUGACUUACUAUUGUAAAGCCAAUAGCAUGAAUAGGAUACAGCUAGCUUUUCUAGUCAGGUUGAUUACUCGCCUCUCCUUAGGCAUGUCAAAAGAGAACUUUUGAUCCUGUCAAAGGUCUUUGUAUAUAGAAGUUAUAUAGAAGUUAUUUAAACGCAGUAGCAUUCACCACAGAGGCAGAUAUAGCGCAACCGAAAAUUGAACCGGAAACAUUGUCGAGUGCACACCUACCUGGCAAGCGAUUGGGUAGAAUUGAUUGAAAUGGAUUGAUAGGAAUAAUCGUCAAAACUUUUGCCGUCUUAUUUGGAAUCAUAAGUUUGAAAACAUUUUCCUUAAGAUGUCAUGUGCAAUA